AUGUUGCCGCCAGCCAGCCAACGUCGUUUCUUCGUCGGCCUCAGCGAUCCAGAAGAUUUCAAGAACCAACUCAGACGACUGGACAGUUUGAUCUACCCGAUCGGACCGAGUGCUCAACGACCAUGGUCAUAUGAGACGCUCAACCGUGAUCCCAAACGAGUGACCGCUAGCUCGACUGCAAUAGCCACAGAAUCUCGCGUCUCGAGCCUCCGCGGCCCAACCCCUCAAACCCAUUACAAUCGAGGCGGUCUACGCAUGUCAGUGCACGAAUCAAUGAUGCAGAAGUCUGUAGCGGAUGAUUCAGACGAUCCUGCAUCGCCGUUGCCAGAUGGAGAACUGGAUGCGGCAGAAUAUCCUCGAGCAAACAGCGACCUCAGUGCGGCAAGCAGACUAAGUUCAGGAGGCUAUGGCCGGACCCACCUGGAAGUUCCUCCUCUGGCGCAGGUAAAUAAUAUCUACGUCCCAGAUCCCGUCACAUGCCCUUCUCCUAUUCCAGAGAAUCCUAUGGCAGCAGAGAUGGAUGAAAAUACCGGCUUCAUCCCAUCCUUCAAUCCUGUGCGUCCUCGACCGUAUGCCCAGGCCGGAGAAUGCAUACCGACGUCCAAGUAA